CAUUUUGACGCUCUUGAGCGUAUUUACCUCUGACGUCUACUUUCGCGUGACUUCACGUCCAUGUUGGAAUUGAGGAAGGCGGCAGAUUUGAAGACUAAAGGAAUAAAACACUUUAUCAAAUGGACAACGUAAGACAAAAAGGUGUGUUUGAUCACCUGAUGAUGUUAGAGAGGACGGAAGCUGCAGGACUGCAAAGACGUCUGGAUGAACAUCUGGAGGAACUUCCUACAACAGCAGCAACACUUCGUGCAAAAAGAGACCGAAUCCGUUGGGAAACAUCUGACAUAAAGAAUCUGAAUGAUAAAAUGGACCAGGGGCUGCCGCUAGAUGAUGAAGCAACUGAGGCAAAAAUCAAACAAUAUUUGCUGAUGUCCCGGUGUGUGCAACUCAAGGAUCUUCAAACUGCCCAUCGACUCAUUGCUGGAUACAACAUGGUAGAGAGCAAACAAGGCAAAAGUGUGUGUGUGUCAUUUCACACUGCCUUUGAAGGUGUUUGCCUGGAAACCUAUUAUAUGGAGGUGGACCUCACCCGCAAGGUGCAGAUCAGUCGUCAUAACAUCCCCCCAUGUAUCCCACUGGAGAAACUCGCCAAGGAAUAUCUACAGAAUGAUUUUAAAGGCUUUCUUCAAACACUCAACCUACACCUCAAUGCUUUAGCUGGACGCAAACAGCAGAUUUCCCUCAUCGAGGAACUCCUUGGGACAGUAGAAAUCAUUGAGAAAAAUCAAUUGUGCAACUUUCUUGCCCUCAUGUGCAACACCCCAGCAGAGAGCGAUGAUGCUGUUCUGUGUACGCUGGAGUAUGGUGACCUCACCCGAUGUCUCCCUACUCGCGUUGUUAUUGACAGCGAAAAUAAAACACUUAUAGAAUCUCCACGGUGGAAGGAUAACCAAGUGUUGCUCAUGGAGACUCCAGUUCACAGUGCUCUUUCGAUCAUGAGAAAACUGGGAAGCAUUUCAUGAACAAACAGAAACUAAUUCAAAAGACAUUCAUGUUUACACAGUCCUUUGGUUCCCUUUCACACAGUCUUUAAAUAAAGGAUGUGCCAUUUUUCAGCUAUUUAGCAAAAUUGAGCUGGUCUAAUUAGUAGCAGCAUGUAACCACUGAAGUCUUGUGUCCACAACUUCCAAACACAAUAUGUUUGGAUUUCGAACAUGUUCUGAAUAAAAAGUAUUCAUAUGACUAACAUUAACCUACAAACAAAAGGGCAGGAAAAAACACAUUUGGUUCUUACAUAAUAUAGUAUAUUUAUAGUGUUUAUGUGUGGUUAAAUUGUUUCUAACUUGUUGAAGAAAAUCUGCAUUUUAAGUUGCAGUUUUUCUCUGUACAGUUGUUUCUGACUUUCCAUCUUUUGCCUUUUUUGUUCUUCUUGGAUUUCCAGUUCUUUCUGGGAAAUGCUAUCGAUUAAGGCCAAGUCCUUUAGAUACAGGAUGGACAACUGUUUCGAUUCAGAAGUCUUUGGCCGAGCAGACAUGGCUGAUUUCAGGAGCCUUGUUCCUAGCAUCUGUUCACUUUGAUUUGAGAAUGCUUUACCUGAAAACAUCCUCCUGCCUGCUGAGUUUGGAAGCCGAAUAUACUGAAGAUCGCUUUUUGUCGUCCUUGUCGUUGAUAUGGCUCUCAUUGUGUUAGUAACAGUUGCACGAGGUUCACAAACUCUUAAAUGCAGUAACUUUUUGUGUUCUCUCAGUAGACAUUCUCUGUCUUGAUGAAGCAGUUUGAGAUCCAGUUUGUAUUUUCUGUGAAUUUGUUCCAGUUUCGACUGAAGAUCAAUGUCUUCUUUGUGAUUUUUUUGCCUUGUGUCAAUAUACAGCAAAAUAUUUGAUUUUCUAAGUUUUGCCUUUGACGUCAUAUGUGUAAAAAUGUUAUCCUGAAGCACAAGAGAAAAAUUAGAUGAUUGCAUGUUGUUCUUUAUAUUUUACAGAUUUUGCAGUACAUGUGUCUAUUUUGUACAAAAAUAAGAAAUAUGAUUAACAUACCUUAACUUGCAUCCUUUUUCCUCAAAUAAAACUGGUCUGGAUAUUCUUGUUUUGUGAGGCCAAUGGUACACAAAGACAGACUGAUUGUGACUGCUGCUAUGACACUUGCCUUAGUAAACAGUAUUAUUUGGUUGAA